AUGGCAAAAAAUAUGUGGAAAACGAUAACUUUAAUUAUCACCUUUAACAUUCUCAUUAACAUCGCAAUUACGAAUUCGUCACCGUCGUCGCUGCCGCCGAACAAAUCGUCAAUCGGAAUUAAUGAAGUGAAAAUUGGUCACAAUAGUAACGAUAAUAGCAAUCAUAAUAAUAAUAACAAAAUAUUAGAUGAUGAGGUGAUAAGCAAUGAAAAUGAUUAUAGUGACAACUAUUCAGUUGCUGAAACCGAUUUCGACGACGAUAACGAUGAUGAUGAUGAUGAAAAUGAUCGCGAUAACGGAAAAACAAUAGCGGCGUCCCAGCAGUCAUCAUCGAAUGAUGAACAAAUUAAAUUAUUGUCUAAACAAUUGAAGGCAUUAACGGAACGCAGACAGGAUGAUUUAAAGUCGUUGGAAAGUAAUUUGCGGAAAUAUGUAAGGAAAAAUGCCGUUCAGAUCUUGAAUGAGGAUCUCAAAAGGGAGUUGGAGGAUUUGCGCGAGGAAGUGAAGACAUUGCGUGAAGGUGCAUCGAUCUACAAAGAGCACUUGACGGUGCAAUGGCUCUCGGAAUCAAUUACGGAGCUGCGUAACGAGAUGCUCGAAGUACAGGAAUCGACGUCAAAUGUUACGAAGGCAUUGCAGCAGCAGCAACAAUAUUCGCCUGUCAUGGAAGAAAUCAACGAAAUGAAAGAUGAAAUGGCAAAACUCAAAUUAUCCAUCAAAGCGUUGCAUCACCGGCAGGAACGAAACGAAGCCGAGCUGAAACAGUUGCGCGACGAGGCAGUUCAACAUGGCGAAGAUGUGCGAAAAUUCAUGCUGAAACGAAACGGGCCCAAAGCUCUUCCUCAAACAAUUGACUAUGUCGAGCCCGAAUCCGAUCACCGUUUGCGUCAUAACCGCAUCUUACGCGAACAACUUCACGAACUCGAAGUAGCCCAAAGUCAAAUGCGACGCGAAUUAUCCGAGCUGCAACAUCACAAACUCAACGAUCGCUUCCACGUGGUCGAAGUCGAGCAAAAACGUUUGGCAAAUGCGAAUUUUAAUCUUUCGCGUCAAGUUGCGAGUUUGGAAAAACUUCACAUCUCGAUGCUCGAACUGCUGGAGGAUGUCGAGGAGAUUCAGAACAAAGUCGAUAAGGGCAUGCCGGAUCUGAAGCAUGAAAUUUCAAAAUUGGAAUUCACGGCGGCGCAACAAACGUCGGAACUUAAUUUAUUACGUGAAGAAGGUAGGAAUAAUGCAAAGAGCGUGCAAGCGAUUGCCAUGAGUUUGAGUACAUUUCCCAGUAGUGCAGCAACUUCCGGCAACAACAAUAGCACGACGGUAGAGAAGAACGGAGAUAAAAUUAAGGUGUUGGAAAAACAACUUGAUAAAUUGCAGUAUGAUGUGGAAAAAAUAAGAUUAGCAUCUUCCUUGCACAAAGAUAUGGCGCACAGCAGAAUAAAUAAGAUUGAGGCAGAAUCGAAAUUGAAUAGCAGUUCUGCAACAUUUGUUCGGAUGCCAAAGUCGCCAUCUGAAUUACAAUUAGCCUCGCAAUUAGUGUCGGAAUUGGAGCAGGUAGAGGAGGCAUACGAGUCAAUUGUGAACAAAUUGCCGCACGAUUGUUCGCAAGUGGAUGACGGCGGCAGCUCGUCGACUCGGAAUGCGGGUUUGUACUUGAUUGCGCCCGGCGGUCGUCAGCAUCAUCCGAUCAUGACGCACUGCGAUGGCAACUGGACCACAAUUCAGCGUCGCGUUGACGGCAGUGUCGACUUUAAUCGUUCGUGGAACGAAUAUGCGCAGGGAUUUGGGAAUCCGAGUGGCGAAUUUUGGAUCGGAAAUGAAGUUUUGCAUCAACUUACGGCGAAACAUUGCAUGAGGCUCCGGAUUGAGAUUCAAGAUAUUUACGAUAAUUAUUGGUAUGCGGAGUAUGGAAGCUUCUCGAUCGCCUCGCGUGACAGCGGAUUCCGCAUUGAUAUCGGAAAUUUCGAGGGAAAUGCCUCCGAUGCACUCGACUAUCAAAAUCACAUGGAAUUCUCGGCGAUCGACGUGGACCGAGACAUCUCGAAUACGCAUUGCGCCGGAAAUUAUGAGGGCGGAUGGUGGUUCUCGCAUUGCCAACAUGCGAAUUUGAACGGCAGAUACAACUUGGGAUUGACGUGGUUCGAUUCGACGCGCAACGAAUGGAUUGCCGUCAAAUCGAGUCACAUGCGGGUCAUGCCGAGCAAAGAAAAAUGUACAAAAUUCACCGAAAGGAGUAGCACGACGACGACAACAACUGCUGCAGCGACAUCGAGCAUUUCGCCAACUGUAGACACAAAUAGGUUAACCACGAGACUAGAUUAAAAUUCACGCGUUUCUGAAAUUAUUUCGCGAUGCG